AUGGUCAAGUGGAGGGAGGCCGAGGUGGUGACCAACACCGCCGCUUCAGCUGACGACCGAUGUCGCCUGCUGACGCUGUCGCUUGUGGGGGGUGUCGGGCUGGAGUAUGAAUUUUCGAGGGCGACUUGGUUGGACAAUUACAAGGUUCCGGGGCAGUUCGUGGGCAUCCGGCUAGACGAGGGCGGGGACAACGGGGUUGCUGGGUGUCUUGUGGCCGUCUCUACGGAGCCUACCUUGGUGCGGCAAAAGAACGGGAACGUGGAGGUGCUGGUGACGGAGGAGCCGAGCUUUCGACUCAAAGGCGACACACGCGGACCAGCGGAGGAUGCCAAGGGUCGGUCUCUGGCUUCCCUAGAGGAAGGGGAUAGGGUUAAGAUCAGCGACUUCAUGGGCCGGGGGUUCUCUUCGCUGUUCGUGGGAUGGAUAGGCCUGCAGUCUGCUCUUCAGGAACAGCGGGACAUUGUAAUAGUGGCGUCAGGCGCUAGGGGGUUAGGCUCUGUCAAGCCUGUGCUCGACUGGCCUCCCGUCCAGGCUCAUGCCGGUAUCAAGAAGGUGAGUGUCUUCCUGGAGUCCGAAAGCCCAGCUGCGGCGCCGUUCAUCAACGAGUCGGGCGGCUGGAGGUCAUCGGGCAUUCGUGUGACCCAGUGUUACACGGCCAAGACUAACGAGAACCCCGUCAGCGUCGAGGCGGCGAUGUUCUCCCACGGUUCGGGGCUCGCGGGCGCCGUAGGAGGCCACCCGGGCGCGGCUUCCUUCUUGAUGGCGGGGUUGCCGGGAAAGCGGGCUAUGGAGUUGACGGACCGAUUAACAGACCAUGGCGUCGACCCCAGCCGUCUCCUGUUCAACGACUUUUUCUAGAGAACUUGUUUUUUUUUUUAAUUAUCAGGCCACUAGCCGGCCCCUUUGUUCAACGACUUUUUCUAGAGAGACCAACGGCUCUCUUAGUCGUGUUUGAGAUAUUAUUUCGACCAACGGCUCUCUACGUUCUCUUUGAGAUUGAUAAGGUGUUGCAAGGUGUGUGGUACCCUUUUGUGGGGGGUUCGUUGGCCUGUGACCACAGAAGGCGUCAGGUUUGCCGGUGCGGACAGUGGAGGAUGCUGAGCAGAGACCGGCACGGUUUUGUAAUGUGAAGACAACAACAAAAUAACGAAAAGUAAAUAUCGAGCGCUGGAGCUUCCAGCGACUAUUG